AUGGUCGAGCAGCGGCCGGAAGACAUCGAUGCUCUUCCACCUGCUCUGCGAAGAAAACUGUCACCCAUGGCACAACGCUCCUCGCAUUGCUUCUUCGACAUGCGGCGUGCUUCUGUUUCACAUCCGGACACCCUGCAGAGAUCUUCGUUUCCCUCGCACUUGACCUCGUUUCCAACCUGCCGCUCCUCAUUCUCUCUCUCAAGGUGUGAGGGCCGCGUGGGAAUCCUCCGAGAUGCUGCCCCCUUGAAUUUGCACCUGCUGCCUCGAGUCAGUGCGCACAGCGCCCAACCUGCGUCAAGUGCGGGCAUCCAAUCAAGGCCCCAGGUCACAAACAGAAGCAGGACGCGAUCCAUGGUUUGUGUUGGCCGAUGA